AUGCUGGUCCUCGCCGUUUUCCUCGUUGCUGGGUCUGGGAUACUUAUCUCGCAACGAAAGAGCCGCUUGCCUUGCGAGUCGCGCUUUCUUUCAUCAGCACCAAAUGGAAUCCGCAUCGUAGCUUCUUCAUCAAUGCCAGAAUAUCCCAGUUCAAGAUGUAUCGCUCAGACUACUGGCAAGACUGGCGUCAUACCAAAUGGAGGCGGGUGUCUCGAGACAUUCCAGCGCGGGGCCAACAUUCUUCAUCGCAGCCCGCAUUCCACCCAGCCAGACCACCUUAUUCUUACGCGUUUAAUCCUCGCUCAACCCGAGCAUCCAAUUCAUCUCGAUGACCCCGCGCAUUCUCUGCGUUUGCCAUUUGGACUGUCCCGACGAACACCCACCGCACCCGUCCAACCUCACCCUCCGAACAAUAGCCCUCAAUUGCAGCAACCGCCAUUGCCAGACCAGAAACAAACCAGUCUGUACCUUCACGGCAUGGGCCAGGAAAUUUUUCAAUCCUGGUUCAAGGGUCGGCACUACUAA